AUGAUUGUUUCGACACCAACAAAAGGAAACAAUGCUCCCUCGGCCUUCAUUACCUCGGCGCCCAGAACAAAGACCAAGAUUAUACAGAGGUCGCUUCAUGCCAAUCCAUCAAACACACCCUCAAAAUCAGCCACGACACCAACAAAUGGCAACAGUCCAUUGACUGUCGUAGAAGGCCCGAGUACGAGAACAACUCCUACUAGGCAGAAUCCUGGAUCAUCACAACAGCAACAGCAACUAGCAACAAACUCCCCAACGAGAAGGAGGAUUGUAAGAUCAAUCUUCCCGCCUCCUGCCGCUGCAUCAAUAGCGUCAUCAUCAACCGCCGCGGCAGUGGAAGAUCAAGGUCAUGCCAAACCGAAGCGACAUAUUGGCAACAAACGAAGUAGUGAUGCAUCUUCAAUAACCAGUACGAAAGGGGACAGUGGUGCUGCCGAACCUGUAUUAAAAGCCAAGAGGAUCAGCACUAGGAAGUCAGCAAAGAGUUAUGAGUCGCUCGAGACGCCUGAACAGCAGGUUGUUGACAAGCCCCUAAUGGAAUUAGAUAGAGAACGAGAAGAGUCGGAUGCUACCGUACCAGAAGUGAAUGGAUCCUCGAGUACUUUGUCUGGUUUCUUCUCUCCUACAUAUAACUUGCUGAGGAAGUGGGCUGGAGUUGCAGAUGGCAAGGAUUCAGACGGAGAAGCCAAGGAAGACGAGAAUGUGCCGCCCGCCGAAUCGGCCCCAUCAUCAUCACCUUCAACAAAACGUUCAACCCCCGACCCACAGGAAUCGUGUAAAUUGAUACCCGACGAUACCGCUUCUACACCACCACCUGCUAGCCUGUCAACUGCAGCAGCAAACCUGAAUCUGCAGUCUCCGCAUCAUCAUAGUUAUUAUCAGAAUCAUGAGCAUGAGGUUGAAGAAGUUGAGAAUGACCCUGAUGCAGGUGGUGAAAUGGCCGUAGACGAUACAGAAGACCUUGAAGAUGAAUUCGACCCGUACAGUUUUAUAAGGUCACUACCACCUCUGACGAAAGAACAACUAGCAAGACCAUGUGUGCUGCCACGAAGGACUCGAUCCACUCCAAAGAUAACACUGGUGCUGGACUUGGAUGAGACCCUUGUCCACUGCUCAACUGCAUCAAUCGAAGCAUCAGACAUCAACUUCCCUGUCGAGUUUAAUGAUCAAAGUUAUCAUGUCUCUGGAAGGUUGAGGCCGUUUUGUAGAGAAUUCUUGGAAGGAGCCGCAAGAAUGUUUGAAGUCGUAGUAUUUACUGCCUCUCAGAAGAUUUAUGCUGAAAAAGUCUUGAACAUUUUGGAUCCUGAGAAGAAGUUGAUCAAAUAUCGACUGUUUCGAGACUCGUGUCUUUUGGUUUACGGCAACUAUCUGAAGGAUUUAACUAUACUAAAUCGAGACAUGAUGAAGAUGGUGAUUGUAGACAAUUCACCACAAGCCUUUGGUUUUCAGGUUGAUAACGGAAUACCCAUUACCUCGUGGUAUGAAGACUCAACCGACUGUGAGCUCAAGACGCUAUUAGAAUUCCUCAAAACUAUACAGCAUGUCGAAGAUGUCAGGCCCCGCGUUGCUGAAACGUUUGGUUUACGGGAACGUGUAGAGGCCGCCAGACCCAUGCUAUUAAUGUAA